AUGGUGGAGCUCGAACAUGCGGGUGCCGGCAUCUUGGUAUAUACAAAGAUCUACUCCAAAGUGGCGAAACCAGAAUCCAGAUGCAAUGAGAGAUGUUCUCCUGGGUACAGAAAAACUCCUAAUGGAAGUAUACAUGUCUGCUGCUAUGACUGUGUCCCGUGCCCCAAGGGGGAAGUGUCCAAUGUGAUAGACAGUGAAAGUUGCCACAGGUGUCCAGAGGAAGAAUUGCCAGAUGAGAGAAAAGUAAAAUGUAUCCCCAAAACAUAUGAUUUUUUGUCCUAUGAAAAUGACCUUUUGGUUCCAUUUUUUUCAUUCACUGCUUCAUUGUUUUCAGUUAUAACACUUUUUAUUAAAGGAAGUUUUAUUUAUUACCAGGGCACUCCAAUAGUAAAAGCCAAUAACCAGACCGUGAGCUUCAUCCUUCUGACCUCUAUCCUGCUGAGCUUCCUCUGUGUCUUCUUGUUCUUAGGACGUCCUGUGGAUAUAACUUGCAUGCUGAGACAAAUUUCCUUCGGAAUCUUCUUCUCGAUAACAGUCUCUUCUGUUCUGGCCAAGACUACUACUGUAUAUGUUGCAUUCAAAGCUACCAAGCCUGGAAGUUCCUUGAGGAAGUGGGUGGAGGUCAAGGUUCAUAAUUUUAUAGUUUUCAUGUCCUCCCUAGUCCAAGUUCUGAUCUGUGUUAUUUGGCUGUCAGUAUCACCUCCUUACCAAGAGUAUGACAUGCACUCCUAUCCUGGGAAGAUCAUCGUUCAGUGUAACGAAGGGUCAGUUUUCGGUUUCUACUCUGUGUUGGGUUAUAUGGGGCUUCUGGCAACUGUAAGUUUUGUUCUGGCUUUCAUGGUGAGGACAUUACCAGACAGUUUUAAUGAGGCCAAGUACAUCACCUUCAGCAUGCUGGUGUUCUGCAGUGUCUGGAUUGCCAUGAUCCCGGCCUAUCUGAGCACCAGUGGGAAAUACAUGGUUGCUGUGGAGGUAUUCGCCAUACUGACCUCCAGUGCUGGAGUACUCUGCUGUAUAUUUUUCCCAAAAAUGUACAUUAUUUUUGUAAAGCCGGAGAAGAAUUCUAGAAAACUCAUGCUAACAGCCAAAAGUCAUGGCAAUCCAGACACUGCAGAAUACCAGCACGCAGAAGGUGUUGUACUUGUCCUCAAAUGUGGCUGCCUAAAGUCCCCAGCAAGUGUCGUACCUCAGACAGCCACAUCUUCCUGUGAGCAGCAGGUGCCCCUAAGCAAGCACUGGUCCGCACAUCUCCUUAUCCGGCUCCUUCCUGACAGCACGCUGCCUUCCUCCGGACCUCAGUUUGUAUGA